AUGGCAGAAAAUCGAACACUGAGAGAGCUAACAGCUCCUAACUUGAACCAACAGCCGUUGUGCAUCGCAUAUCAGCAGUUGGAGGAAGGUGCUAAUGUUGAGAUCAAAUCUGGUCUAAUUCAUCUAUUGCCGGCAUUCCAUGGCAUGAAGGCAAGUGGUGGAGGGCUAGUGAAUAAGACUCCAGGAGAUGCAACUAGGCUGAUUGCAGAGCUAGCAGAGAAUUCUAGGCAGUUCAGUCAGAGAACCCCCACGCGCCGGGUGAAUGCAGCAAAUUCAAAUACAACUGAGUUAGAGAGUCAAGGGAACCAACAACAACAGCAAAAUGCUCAAGGCCAGCAGCAAUAUCAGCAAUAUAGGGCACCAUUAGCCAAACCUCAAGGCCAAAGCUCAAAUUCGAUGAGCAGACUUGAAGCUAAGGAUUCGGGAAAACUUCCAUCUCAAACGGAGUUGAAUCCUAAGCAACAAGCCAACGCUAUUACAUUGAGAAAUGGCAAGGAGCUGAAAGAGACUGAAAUUGCAACUAAGAGGGCUGAAGAGUUGAUUGGAGCUGAGGAGAAGGAAGUGGAACAUGAAGCUGUAGCAAAUCCUCCCACUUUUCCAUCUUAUGAACCCACACCACCUUUUCCUGAAGCUUUGAAAGAAACGAAGAGGUAUGAGAAGGACAAAGAUAUCUAUGAAACAUUCAGCAAGUGUGAGGUAAACAUUCCCCUUUUGAAUUUAAUAAAGAGUGUUCCUCGAUUCGCUAAAUUUUUGAAAGAACUUUGUACUAUUAAGAGGAAGCACAGGUUAGGAGGGAAGGAAAAAGUGAAAGUCAGUGCUCAUGUUUCUGCAGUUUUCCAAAAGAAACUUCCUGAAAAAUGCAGUGACCCUGGUAUGUUUACUGUUCCAGUUACAAUAGGGGACACCACUUUUCAUAGAGCAAUGUUGGAUUUGGGUGCAUCAAUUAAUGUUAUUCCAUAUUCACUGUUCAAAUCUUUGGAACUUGGACCCUUACAUGACACCGGGGUAGUGAUUCAAUUAGCUGAUAGAUCAAAUGUUUAUCCUAAGGGAGUAGUGGAAGAUGUGCUUGUGAAAGUUGAUGAACUAAUUUUUCCUGCUGAUUUUUAUGUGCUUGAUAUGGAACAUGAUAGACAAGCAGUACCCAUCUUGUUAGGAAGACCUUUCUUGAAAACUGCUAGGACUAAAAUUGAUGUUUUUACUGGUUCUUUGACUAUGGAGUUUGAUGGACAAGAAAUUGUGUAUAACAUCUAUGAUUCCAUGAAAUACCCUGUUGACACUCAUUCUUUGUGUUCCAUUGAUAUCAUUGAUCCUAUAGUGCAGGAUGUCUUCAAUGUUGAGGGCGAGGAUGCGCUCCUCACUUCCAUUUCUAAUAAUUUAUCUGCUGAUUGUUUGGAUAUUCCUUUGCCUAAUAGUGUGCAGAUGAUGGUAGCAGAGUUGAAUGGUCAUUCCAAGCUUCCACUUAGACCACCAGGUUCGACACCUACCCCAUUGACAGUGCCUACUGAUAAACUCUUACCUUCUGUUUUGCAGGCACCCCAGGUGGAGCUAAAACCACUUCCUGAUCAUUUGAAAUAUGUGUUCCUUGGUCAGAACGAUACUUUACCUGUUAUAAUUUCAAGCAAAUUGACCAAGGAGCAAGAGGACAAGUUGGUGACAGUGCUGAAAGAGCACAAGUUAGCUAUUGGAUGGACCAUUGCAGACAUUAAGGGAAUAAGUCCAUCCACUUGCAUGCAUCGUAUUCUGUUAGAAGAUGAUGCCAAACCUGUGAGGCAACCUCAGCGUCGCCUAAAUCCUCCCAUGAUGGACGUGGUAAAGAAGGAGAUCAUAAAAUUAUUGCAAAUAGGAAUGAUAUUUCCUAUAUCUGAUAGUAAAUGGGUCAGUCCUACGCAGGUGGUUCCUAAGAAAAGUGGUGUGACUGUGGUAGAAAAUCAACAGGGUGAAAUGGUUCCUACUAGAGUUCAAAAUGGUUGGCGAGUUUGCAUUGAUUAUCGUAGGUUGAAUGCAGUAACUAGGAAAGACCAUUUCCCUUUACCUUUUAUUGACCAAAUGAUUGAAAGACUUGCAGGGAAAUCCUAUUACUGUUUCCUUGAUGGGUAUUCUGGGUACUUUCAAGUGCCCAUUGCACCUGAAGAUCAGGAAAAGACAACUUUUACAUGUCCUUUUGGCACAUUUGCUUAUCGCCGUAUGCCUUUUGGCCUAUGUAAUGCACCUGCAACCUUUCAGAGAUGCAUGAUGAGCAUCUUUUCUGAGUUUGUUGAGCAUUUCAUGGAGGUAUUUAUGGAUGAUUUCACUGUGUAUGGUGAUUCUUUUGAUAAAUGCUUGCAUCACUUAUCUAUGGUCCUCAAAAGAUGUAUUGACUCUAACCUUGUCUUGAAUUCUGAGAAAUGUCAUUUUAUGGUCCAACAGGGCAUUGUGUUAGGUCAUGUAGUUUCUUCUAGAGGUAUUGAGGUUGAUAAGGCUAAGAUUGACACUAUUCAGUCUCUUCCUUAUCCUACUAAUGUGCGUGAAGUGCGUUCUUUUCUUGGCCAUGCAGGUUUCUAUCGUAGGUUCAUUGAGGGAUUCUCAAAGCUUGCAAAUGCUAUGUGCAAAUUGCUGCAGAAAGAUGUGAAAUUCCACUUUGAUGAUGAUUGCAAGAAGGCUUUCGAUGAAUUGAAGGCUAAGCUCAUUUCUGCCCCUAUCAUUCAAGCCCCAGAUUGGUCUCGACCAUUUGAGAUAAUGUGUGAUGCGAGUGAUUAUGCAGUUGGAGCUGUUUUAGGCCAGAAAGUAGGGAGGGCAUCUCAUGUGAUCUAUUAUGCCUCAAUGACCCUCAAUUCAGCCCAACGAAACUACACUACCACAGAAAAAGAGUUGUUAGCUGUAGUAUUUGCUCUAGAAAAGUUUCGAUCUUAUUUGCUUGGUACUAAAGUAAUUGUUUUCACUGAUCAUGCAGCUCUUCGCCACUUGAUGACGAAGAAAGAGGCCAAACCAAGACUAAUAAGAUGGAUUCUGCUCUUAUGUGAGUUUGAGUUAGAAAUCAAGGACAAGAUAGGCGCGGAAAAUCUAGUUGCUGAUCAUUUGAGUCGUUUGACCCAUAUUGUUGAUCAACCAUCAUUCCAAUAUCAAAUCCUAGGAGAAUUUCCGGAUGAAUCUCUAUUUGCUCUUAAGGAUUUGCGCCCUUGGUUUGCUAACAUUGUGAAUUUUCUGGUUUCUCAACAGUUUCCUCCAGGUUUCACGAAGUCUCAAAAGGACAAGCUUCGAACUGAUGCGAAGUACUAUGCAUGGGAUGAUCCAUACUUGUGGAAGUUCUGCUCCGAUCAAAUCAUUCGCAGAUGCAUCCCCGAAAAUGAAACCAAUGGGCAAGCCGAGGUGUCCAAUAGAGAGGUGAAGUCAAUUCUGCAGAAAACGGUGAAUCCGGAUAGGAAGGAUUGGAGUUUGAGGUUGGAGGAUGCUCUAUGGGCGUACCGCACCGCAUACAAAACACCUAUCGGGAUGUCCCCUUACCGCCUUGUCUUCGGAAAACCGUGCCAUCUACCGGUUGAGCUUGAGCAUAAAGCAUAUUGGGCGGUUAAGUCAUUCAACAUGCAAAUGGAUGAAGCAGGUGAACAUCGGAAAUUGCAACUCCAAGAACUAGAGGAGAUCCGGCUUGAGUCCUAUGAGAAUGCAGAUAUUUAUAAAGCAAAGACCAAGCUAUGGCAUGAUCGAAUGAUCACGCGGAAGGAGUUUAAAGUCGGUGACAAAGUACUCCUAUAUCAAUCCCGACUUAGAUUAUUUCCGGGAAAACUUCGGUCCCGUUGGGAGGGCCCUUUUCAAGUGGUGAAUGUAUAUCCGCAUGGAGCAGUUGAAAUUCAAAGCCCCGAGACCGAUAAGGUUUUCAAAGUCAAUGGACAAAGGCUCAAACCCUACUUCGAGGGUUGUGGAGGCCUUGGGAGCAAUUUUUAUGCGCGAAACGCAGCAAACACAGAGCAAAACAGAAACAAAGGGGCCUUCCCUGCAGAAGCCGCUGGCAGCUGCUCUGCAGCCGCUACCAGCGGGUCUUCUUGCAGCCCAAACCCCUUUGUUUCUGUCCCAGCCGCUGGUAGCUGCUCCUGA